AAUAUACACACUCGAUCGUGCUUCAAAAAGAUAGCAAAAGAACCCCUAUCUCUCUCUCUCUCUCUCUUAACCUCUCGUUUCACCCGUCACCAUUAUCUCUUACACUGUUACUCACUUGUCUCUCUCCUUCUUCAUCUCGAAAUCAUCCUUUGCCAUGUCCGAUGCGUACGAGCCUUACCAUGUUCUCCAACAAAGCCGACGAGAUAAACUUCGGCUUCCUUCUCUCGAUUCCCACUUCCACUUUCACCAUCCUCUUCCUCCUCCUCCUUCUUCUUCCGGCGGCGUGUUUCCUACCGCCGACUCUGAUUUCCUCGCAGCCGGUGGUGGAUUUCAUUCGAACAGCAACAAUAACCCUAGCUACAGUAACUUCAUGGGUUUUCUCGGUGGGCCAUCUUCCUCUUCAUCCACCGCAGUCGCUGUUGAUCAUUCCUUCAACGCCGGACUUUCUUCCGGCGACGUUCUUGUCUUCAAACCCGAGCCUUUAUCUCUCUCUUUAUCAUCUCACCCUAGACCUACUUACGAUCUCGUCGUUCCCGGCGUUGUUAACUCCGGAUUCUGUAGAUCCGCAGCUGAAGCCGCCGCUGCCGCUGCCGCCGUCACCGUCGCGUCAAGAAGCUCCGGUCCUCUCGGGCCGUUCACUGGCUACGCAUCUAUUCUGAAAGGGUCGAAGUUCUUGAAACCAGCACAGAUGCUUCUUGAUGAUUUUUGUAGUGUGAGUCGUGCGGUUUACACCGAACAAAACAUCGACGACGACGAGGACUAUUCCUCUUUGCUUUUUGACCCAACUAUUGAUAAUCUCUGCGGCGUUUCUGACGCCGGCUCAGGAGAAAGUGGGAAGAAAAAAUCAAAGCUCAUCUCCAUGCUCGACGAGGUUUACAAAAGGUAUAAGCAGUACUAUGAGCAGCUUCAAGCUGUGAUGGGCUCAUUCGAAUGCGUCGCAGGUCUCGGGCACGCAGCUCCUUAUGCUAGUUUAACAUUAAAGGUGUUGUCUAAGCAUUUCAAAUGUUUGAAGAAUGCUAUAACAGACCAGCUUCAGUUUAGCACCAAUAACAAGAUCCAACAACAACAAUUUUUGGAGUUUGGAGGAAAUGAUAGUAGUAGAGGCCUGUGUUCUGCUGGUCAAAGACAUGGAUUCCCUGAUCAUCAUGCUCCUGUAUGGAGACCACAUCGUGGCCUGCCCGAACGUGCUGUCACCGUUUUAAGGGCUUGGCUCUUCGAUCAUUUCUUGCAUCCUUAUCCAACUGAUACAGACAAACUCAUGUUGGCUAAACAGACAGGUCUCUCCAGGAAUCAGGUGUCUAAUUGGUUCAUAAACGCACGAGUUAGGGUUUGGAAACCGAUGGUCGAAGAGAUUCAUAUGCUGGAGACUCGACAAUCUCAGAAAUCUUCCUCUUCUUGGAGAGACACCACCACUGUGUUCCCCGACCACAACAACAAUCCUUCUUCCUCCACGGCUCAACAAGCUAACAACAGCUCUUCUCCCGCUAGACGGGUGCGAAACGAUGACGUUCAUGCCAUCACCAACAACAAUAACAACCGCUUUAUGAACGCUGGAAACGGUGGGAAUGUUGGAGGCGGCGGCGCGGUUAACUUCUCCUACGGUAUUGCGUCAUCGAAUGUCCCGGGGAUGAAUACUAGCACAAAUGGAGGAGUGUCGUUGACGUUAGGGCUUCAUCAUCAGAUUGGGUUGCCGGAGCCUUUCCCAAUGACAACUGCUCAGAGGUUUGGACUUGACGCUGGCAGUAGUGGUGGUGGUGGUGGUGGGUAUGAAGGGCAGGAUCGUUCGUUUGGGAGAGAUUUUAUUGGAGGUAGUAAUCAUCAGUUUCUACAUGAUUUUGUAGGAUGAUAUCAUUUGUAUUGGAAGGAAAAAUAUGUUCGACGUAACGUUUGACAAUGUAUUUGAGAUAUGAGAAAUGGAAAUGCAUGUGAUGUGUUUAUUAGAA